UUAUAAAGCCGUUUCAAAACGCUCGAGUUGAGUUAGUGUCUUGAGAAACCUGACCACUGCUGAAACAGAGCCAGUCCGUUGUAGAACUUAAAAAAAAAGAAGUCUCGAUAUCAAAACCCUCCCAUCGAUCUUCGGGCAUGGCAAACAGGGUGGUGCUGAUGGCGCUGUGUGUGGGCCUCCUCCUGGUUCAGCUGGCCUCGUGCAAGCACCUGAGGUCCCUGAAUCCUGGAGAAACAACCCCGCAGGACGAGAAAUGCGUCGAUGAAGGUUGCCUGGGCUCCCAUGGCCUCCCCGGAAAUCAUGAGGAUGAACACGAUUCCAGCCAUUCGAGCCAUUCCAGUGAUUCAAGCGAUUCUAGCGAUUCCAGUGAUUCAAGCAGCAGCAGCAGCAGCAGCUCAGGCAAUUCGGGCGGGGCCAGAGAGCGGAGAGCGGUGCACGUGGAGUCGGAAGAGACCGGCGUGGACAGUGUGGACACUGGACUCUCUGUGGAGAGUGUCGAGCUGACGCUCGUUGGGAUGGACGCGAUGAACGGGCAGCAGCUUCCCCACGGAGGUAAUAUGUAACGACCCGCUAACAACUCUUAAAGGAUCACGCAUUGAACGACGACUCGGCCGGACAAUCUCAGAGAGACAAAUGCUUCUUUUUAAAAUGAAUUAUCACGCAGUUGUUGCAAAAGUGGGGCCUACUGGCUGACGCGUGCCAAAGGGAAUGGAAUCGGCGAAUGAAUGACACUCGUGAACGAACGACAUGACGCUUCGACUUCGUCCAGGCGCUCGUAGAGUCUACGAUGAAGAGUUGGCAAAUCGUGUGUAAGGAUGUGGCCCAAAUUUCAUUUAAACAAAGCAAAAUAAUUGCACGCAAAUGCAAUCGCUGCUGCUAUGCAUGCUUCCCCGCAAAAUUAAUGAGUGAAAUUGGCUUCGUUAAAUAAAGUUCCGUAUGUGGAAAUAUAUUUACAUAUUUUAAACAAAAACUCAACAUCGGCGCCUGUAUUAAGUCUAAGUGUCUGUAUAUUGGGGGAGUGAAUGGCUGUUUAAAUUAACGAUCACACAACGCAACGUUUGCAACAACCGACUUCCACGAUACAUUAUUUCGCCUUUAACCUUUGUUUUGUUAGGAAUAAAGUACACUGUGUAUGUUGAAAAGUGAUAUGUGACAGUCCACACGAGCCUAGAGUGGACAUCUCACCAUCAAUGACCACCCGGGCUGGCAUAACUUGCCUGGUUCCAUCUUCGAUACGUGGCCAAUAGCAGUGACGCGCGUGAUAAGUGAAAGCACUUGAAAUGAUGAUUGGGUUAUCAAAUCAUUCUACCUAUAAUUCAACUGAAACUACUACGUGUGUGCGUAUGUUGAACUUCUUUCGCACCAUACGUAGCCAACCGCGCUAAUCGGAGGUGCCCCGGGGGAAGGACAACAAACUAAACGGCAAAAAAUUAACCCGUAAAAACAAAGUUUUUCACUAUAAAUCCUUUAUAUGCGUGGCGGCUAGAGUCCUCUCGUCCUCUGGCUUGAGAUGGCUGCCACCUAUGGGUCAGAUGAUUGCCUGCCACCAUUAAGCAAUUGGUAAUUAAAUAUAAAAAAAAAAUCCUAAAAUGUUUAAAAUUUGGGAAAAAAAUUUCACGAAAAUAAAUUGUCACGCACAACGAGUCUGUGUGCAAAAUGUCAGCUCGAUUGGAUCACGGGAAGUGGGUUAAAAAACGACCGAAAGAUUUGCACGGUCGUAAGCGCGCAAGCAAGCAAGCAAGUGAACUUAAUAUAAAGGAUUUAAAAAGCAGUUCUUACGAAACGAUUGUUGCUAUCUUAGGCGCUACCAAUUUUUGCUCUGACCCAUGGACUUUAAGUGGGCAGGGAUUCAGUUUUUUUUAUGAAGCAAACGCAUAAAUGUCACCGCCAACAAUCACGUGGAUUGUUGGUGCGGUUGAGUGCUUCAGCGAACUGAUAUUUCACCCGCUCCAUAAGAGGAGAAACGGCUUCCCGUGUGUAAACGAGAUGCCCGCUCUCAUCCCUCUCAGUCACUGCAACACAAACAACAGCUGGGGUACAUUCAGCUUCCUCACUUUCAUUUGAUUCGUCCCAGCUGCACGACCCAGUCUAACUCGCGUGCCGCGGUGGCGAGAUGUUAACUGCCUCGCCUGGUAUACAGGAGUAGGCCUCGGCAAGGUAAGGUAAAAGUGUAAAACAACGAGCCUACCUUUACCCUACCUUUUACCUUACCACAAUACAAUCACUCUACCCUACCUUUGACCCUUUAGCAGGUAAGGUAAAAGUGUAAAAGCAACGAGUCUACCUUUUACCCUACCCUUUACCCUUACCCCUUGGCAUGUCGACACCUUUACCUUUACCCUUUUACCCGGUAAAAAAGGGUGCAUUACCUUACCUUGCCGAGGCCUAUACAGGAGGUCGUGGGUUUGAUACCAACCCUGACAGCUGCUGCUGUAUAUUUAGAAUUUUCAUGUUCUCCCCGUGGUCGAGUGGAUUUUUCUCUGGGUCCUCCGUUUUUUUUCCGCCUCCACAUUUCGAAACGUGCGUUUUGAGCAUUUGUCCGCUUUAAAUUUCCGCAUGAUAAGAGCACUUCAUCGGGCUAUCAUUUGUGGCCAGUUCGCUUCGGAAAACGAGCUCUAUAGCUACAGUGGACCUUACCUGGUAACAUAAAUAAAAACAAGUCGUUUGUAGUUUCUCACAAUAAAAUCCACGCGUUUGACCGCCGAUUUCUACGGCUGACGGAUCGCCGUCGCAUGUGGGUAUGGUUGUAAAGAUCAGUGGAGAGGAGAUGGAGGUCUGUGGGUCCCUCGCUGAGAGUAAUGAUCCAUCGUGGCAUCUGUCUCCCGUCUUCAGGGGCUCCCUGAUCCGCUUAUUUCCUUGCGAGGCCCGCGGGCCACUGGUGGGUCUUGUUGGCCUUUAGUGUGGCCCUCGACAAUCCACAAAUGGUGUCAAACCCCAGUGGUUUCAGAGGCGUGGCGGGCCUCACGCCUGGUGAUGUCUUAUCGGUGAAAGUCGCCUCCCUCUGGAAAUUAGUGAAGAACGCUGCGCUAAUCCAUCUUUCUCUCUCUCUCUCUUCCGUUGUUGCUGAUGGGACAUUUGAGAUAAAACAACGCCCAUGAUUUAGCGUCAAAUUUGAGAGUGUACGACGUUUCCUAGAUGGCAAAGGUUAGGGUGAAAUAUGAUCUGGUCAAAAAAGUUCACGGAAACACUCGCAAUGUUGAUUAAUUGCCGAUGACAUUCAAUCAUAGAUAUAUAUAACUGCUUAACUUAACUCAUGGAGUAUUUUGCCGGGGCUCUCCAUCCACCACUCCACCCCCAGAAUUUUCACCUCCCCCCCCCCCCAACCAGUCACCCACCCCCAAGCCCCUCAUUCCCAACAGGCGGCAGUGCAGAAGUAAUUUUCUGGAGCUCAGCACUGGACAGCUCCGGCCGAAAUUCAUCCCUGAUGUACCAUGCUCAAGUUCAAGUUCAUGUGUUAGGUGUAGCCCUGUGAGCCAUUCGGCUCUUGAAUCGGGUGCAACCGCAACAAACAAAAACAUGAACAAAAAAACAUCUUAAAGUGAAUAUGUGACUGAGUGCAAACAGAAAAUCCACAAGGGGGGGGGGGGGCACCCUUCAGAAAUGUUUGUGACGUGAAAACGGUCGCGCACACUCGCCUGAAUGUGCCACUUUAAUUUCCAACAACACCCAAUUGUCAGUUCGCAAUUUGUUGCAGUGCAUUCUGAAGGACAUAACCGCCGUUUCGCUACGAGGCCUUUGUUUCAACCCGGAUCAAUCUAGAUUUGAAGUUUUCGCGACUGCAGGGAUCCAUACAUACUCUUUGGUUCUUUCGGUAAAGUCACGUAGGUAUAAAAUAAAUAAAAUCGUGACAUUUUGAUCGCAACACAAGAAAUCGUCAUCAGGUGGUAAACCCACAGCAAUAUUUUUUUUGCUAAAGUGACUUUACCGAAAGAACCAAAGAGUACCAUUGGUACCUCAUUUGACAGUAAAAAAAUAUGAUAAUUGUUUUUUUACCCUUUUAUCUGGCACCAAAACUGACACCUUUUUCAGAGUUAUGUUUUUUCUUUGCAUUAUGACUGCAGGUAUUGUGGUCUAUGCAAACAUGACUCCUCAUUAAAAAGGUGUCAGUUUUGUUGCCAGAUAGAAGGGUAAAAAAACAAUUAUCAACCAAAGAGUAUUCAACCGGAUCGUUUAAAUCAAACGCUUUGACAAUUGCAACCGCAACAACAACAACAAAACAACACGCGGAAAGACAACGGCUUUAUUACGUUUCGUAAGAUUGAAGAACAUCUGUGAGUUUAAUUUGUUCUCAUUCCUGCCUCUACUCUAAGAUGCCCCCUUUGCAAUUGUGCACCGUGCUCCCUCUAGCUUUGAUUAUAAUAAAGCUACAACUGUGAUUGCAUCAUC